AUGAAGCCAAUACGUCAUUGCUACAUCCCCAUGCUUUUCUGGGAUGCAUACUUUUCAGGAGCUAAAUUAGACAGUUCAGGUACAACUCUAGCAGUUGUUGCUGCAUGUCAAGCUCUUGGUUACUACGACGUUCAUCUAGCACUGUCAGAAGACCACACUUGGGUUGUCUUUGGUGAGAGAGGAGAGGAAACCGUUGAAGUUACAUGGCAUGGGAAAGGUAACGAAGAUAAGAGAGGAAUUCCUGUAACAGAAGAAGUUUACAGCAAAUCUUGGUUAUAUGUAAAUGGCCGACCUGUUAUCAGUAACAGGCAUAUGGAGGUAGCAACAAUAGUUUCUAACAUGAAUCCAGGAAUCAAUGCCACAACAGAUUCUGAGGAGGUGAUGCUGCUUCAGCAAGCUCUUCUUUGGUCCCUAUAUGAUGCAGGACACCUUGCCAAAUACCCUAUGGCAAUAGAUAACUUGGGUGACCUUGAAGAGAUGAUGCCUUCAAAGGGCAGAGCAGCUGCAACCAAAAUGUAUGAGGAGGCCAUCACCAGUGCUGUACGUUACUACGACAACCAACACGUAUACCCAUAUACCUACCUCGGUGGAUACUGCUAUAGAAACAAACUAUAUAAACAAGCUCUAAAGUACUGGGCAAAAGCUGCUUCUGUUAUUAAAAAGAGAUUGACCCGAGUGAAAUGAUGCAUCGGUGGCCUCCAGUUAGACUCUUUUCUGCUAAGAUGAGAGGGUUGCGAGAUCUUCUCCUUGCAGAUAAAUUGAAUUCACAAGCGAUUUCUCUUCAAUUAACAGCACAGUCACAGGUAAUUAUGACAAAGAAGAGGGGAGCAGGAGAGGUAGAAAGCCAACACGUAGGAAGAUCAAAAAGAGCACGGAGAGAGUAGUAGAGAGACUUUUUAGAAUUUAAGGAAUAGCUCUCCCAGAGAAACGACAACAUAACGAUGUGCACAACAGUUGGUUUGAGCAUUCAGGAUGGUCAUAUGAAUGAUAGAAACACACUUAUUUUCUCCUUCAUGUAUCAUUUUUAUAAUGUAACAGUAACUGAAAAUGUUUUUUUCAUUUACUUGAACAAGAGUAUUGACAUUGAGUGUAGCAGAUUUGGUAGAAAAAAAAACAAGAGCAAGAAGAUUUGUUUGGUACUUCAGUUACAACAGAGAACAAAUGUUGUAGUUCUCAGUUCUAUCAAUUGUGGUGGAAAACAGUUAAAAGCAUAUAGAUAUGUGAUAAUUGUUUAGAUAUUGGUCUUGAGUGUUUAAGCACCUUAAAAGUACCACACAGAGAAUGUUCUCUGGUAGGACUUAUUUAUGUGUACACAAAGAGGGAAAUGAUGUAGGAUGGCAAGGUAGUAUUGAUUUCCAAGUUAUAGACAUUGUAUUUAUUUGGACAAUACAGUAUAUGGCCUCUGAAAUUAUACAGAAUUUUAUGUAAUAUUUGAUAUGAUGUUGAUACUAUUUUAGAAAAACCCACAAUGCAUAAACUAGAUUUAUUGAAGAAAGUGAGACAACAGUUUCAGAAUCGUCCUCGAAGAUGGAAUCGAGGACGAUUCCGAAGCUGUUGUCUCACCUUCUUCAAUAAACAUAGUUUGUGCAUUGUAGGUUUUUAUACCAUUUGAUAUGAUAUUUUUUCCAUGUCAUAUUAAGUCAUAUAUCUUACCCAAUUUUUGAACAUUUAGUCAUUAGAAAAGAGCUUGAAGUACAUUAUUUACCACUGUUGAAAAAAGUUAUUAAAAAUGUUAUUAGUAAUAAAGUUCUGUAAUGUAUACUAAAUGCUGCAAAUGCUGUAAAAACUAUCAUAAUUCCCACAAAUGUUAGUUUUUAUGAUAUUGUCAAGAGUGUAAUCAGUGUUAGGUUAUCCUUAUUUGUCCAGUGAAUACAAGGAUUUCUUAUUUCAGUGUGAUGUCACAUUAUGAAGAUUUCACACACACACACACACACCACACCACACACACACACACACACACACACACACACACACACAUUAAACAUUAAAAGGCAUUUUAAGCCUUAAUUGCAAAAUUAUUAUCAAGAAUAUUUUUUUCAUGCAUUUAUCAUUAUCUCUGAAAAUAAAACAUUAAUAGAGGCAAAGUUUUUUAAAACUGAAAAGUAGGAAAGGAUUGGAAAACUUAUUCUUAAUGGUUUACACAUAACAGAAUAUUACAUCAAUUUAGUAGUGGCAUUGGUGGAACAUACAGAUCUACAAAUAACAAGGUACUAGAUUCCAUUUUUUUGUAGAUUUUGAUAUUAGUUAUUAAAUGGUAGAGUAUUAUUUCUUUACUUGGCAUUAUGGUAAGACUUUUUUCACAGUGGUAAAGUGCUGUUAUGGUUCUUAAUGCUAGAUCCAUGCAUUUUAGUAGUGCAUAAUUCACAUUAGAAAAUUCUGGAUUACUUAGAAGCUUAUUCUCCAUGAUUGUUACGUUGUUUGUAUAAAAUGAUACUAGUCCCAUGUAUGAUAAGUUUCUAGACAGGUUGACUUGAGGGAUUUUUAGUGUUGCUUUGCAUUUAUUAUGUUUUUUGAUGUUUAUAGGUUUACCCUAAUUUACCUUUGGAAAUAGGGAACUACACAUUCCAUAUAGUUAAAA